CCACAAGAACCUUCUUUGCCCCUAGGGCCUGGGUCGCCCCAACAGCCUGGCUCACCCCUAGGGCCUGGGUCGCCCCAAGGGCCUUCAUCCCCACAAGAACCUUCUUUGCCCCAAGGGCCCCAACAGCCCCAACAGCCUGGCUCGCCCCUAGGGCCCGGCUUGCCGCAAGGGCCUUCAUUGCCACUAGGGCCUGGGUCACCACAAGGGCCAGGCUCGCCCCAAGAACCUUCAUCCCCACAAGAACCUUCUUUGCCCCUGGGGCCUGGCUCACCCCAAGGGCCCCAACAGCCUGGCUCACCCCAAGAAACUUCAUUGCCCCUAGGGCCUGGGUCGCCCUUAGGGCCCGGCUUGCCGCAAGGGCCUUCAUCCCCACAACAGCCUGGCUUGCCCCUAGGGCCUGGAUCGCCCCAAGAACCUUCAUCCCCGCAAAUUCAUCCAACCCGAGCUCGGCCGCAACGGCCUGCAUGUCCGCAACGGCCUGGAGCGCUCCUAGGGCCCGGCUCACCCCAAGGGCCCCCGUCCCCGCAACAGCCUUCAUCCCCGCAAGGGCCGCAACUACAAACAUUGCCAACGACACAUGGUUGUGGCAUCCCCACAGGAGAGCAGAUGACUUGUGGCCAGUCAGGAAUAUCGUCCUCAGACUGUGAGAUGAUGGGAUGCUGUGUGGAUUCUUCUACAUCUACCUGCUACUACCCAAUGGAUGAGUGCACUGUUGAUCAACACUUUGUGUUCGCCAUUCGUGCCAACUCUGCAUCAAUCCCUGUGGACCCCACCAAGCUUGUUAUUUCUGGGAGUACAAACUGUAAACCAGUCAUUGUCAACGACAAAGUUGCCAUCUUUAAGUUCAAAAAUUCAGAAUGUGGAGUUCAUGCUUAUGUAAGUCAUGCCCUUUGUGUUUAUAUUUUUCCCAGUGCACUUUCCACUUUGUUACUUUUUUAGCAAGUUGGACAGUUGGAAAUUUAAAAGCUUAGUCCUAGAUAAGCUAUAUUCACACUGCAGGCCUUCAUGCUCAAUUCCGACUUAUUGCCCACAUCCGAUUGAGAUUGACUGAACAAUUGGCAAGAUCCUUGAAGGGGAGAUGAUUUUAUUUUCUGCAAUGGGGUUACU